CGCGACAUGAAGCAAUACGUGAAACACCUGCGACGCGUCUUCGAAAUUCUUCGUCGAGAACAAUUCUACGUCAAACUGUCCAAGAGCGAAUUCGCCCUUGAGAAGGUCCAGUUCCUAGGACACUUGGUGAGCGCUCAAGGAGUUCACGUCAACCCCAAGAAAAUCGAAGCCGUACAUAUGUGGAAGACACUCGAGAACGUGAAGGAGUUGCAGCAGUUCCUAGGCUUCGCCAAUUACUACAACAGGUUCGUGCCACAGUAUGCGAAAAUCGCAGCGCCACUCACGAAUCUGCUGAAAAAGAACACACCCUACAAAUGGGAGCCAAAGCACCAAGAAGCCAUGGAGCAGCUGAAGCAAGCACUUACGUCCGCACCAGUACUCAUCUUGCCAGAUCCCGAACGCGACUACGUCAUCGAAGCUCACUCCAGCGACCAGGCAGUGGGAGCAGUCUUAAUGCAAGACCAAGGGAAUGGAUUGCAACCAAUCGCUUACCUGAGUAAGAAACUACACGGGGCAGAACUCAACUACCCGAUACACGACAAUGAGGCCCUUGCCAUCAUCAUCGCCUACAAAGCGUGGAGACGUUAUCUCGAAGGACGAAGAACAACCGUCUACACCGACCACUGCAGCCUGAAAUACUUGAAGACACAACCCAACCUUUCCAGGCGGCAGGUCCGGUGGAUCGACUUCCUCGAGACAGACUUCCACUACGACAUCGUGUACAAGCCUGGCCACAAAAACAAAGCAGACGCUCUCAGCCGGCCUGCACACGUUGCUGCUAUUCAGAUCGAAGGGAUGAAUCCACUAUUCAGGGGACUCUUCACACACGGAGCAGCAAGCAGAAAAAGGCGGGACUACUGCAGCCUCUUCCUGUCCCAGAACAGCCAUGGCAUGUGGUUAGCCUGGACUUCAUCACCGGGUUACCACCUACCACCAGCGGUCAUGACGCAAUCCUUGUCGUCAUCGACAAGUUCUCCAAAAUGGGACACUUCAUCCCGACACACACGACAGCACGACACCGAGGAGACAGCACAACUAUUCGUUCGAUACAUCAUCUCACAGCAUGGCAUUCCAACCACACUUAUCUCCGACCGAGACUCCAAGUUCACCAGCAAGUUUUGGAAGGAACUUAUGUCUCUACUUGGGACCAAACUCGCCAUGUCAUCCGCUUACCAUCCGCAGACAGACGGACAGACCGAGCGCCUCAACCAGAUUGUCGAGCAACUCCUCCGAGCAGCCUGCAAAGACGAGAUCUCCAAAUGGGACUUGCACCUGCCCGUACUAGAGUUUGCUUACAAUAAUGCUACACAUGCCGCUACUGGACAGACGCCGUUCUUCCUCUGCUACGGACGCCACCCACUCACACCACAAAAACUGCCAACAUCCGCUACGGACGUGAAGCGAACCGACACCGGGUUCCUGGCGAUAGCAACAGAGGAGGAGAACGACGGAGAGAAGACCUCGGAACCUCCGGAAAAAAUCAAGGAUUUGCUGAGAGAGUUCCAAGACAUUCUUCCUGACGAUCUUCCGAACGGGCUCCCGCCGUACCGAACGCAUCAACACGAGAUCGUGGAGGAACCAGGUUCGAAGCCGACCUUCCGAGCACCAUACCGGCUCAGCCCUACGGAACUGACCGACAUGAACAAACAGAUUGAGUAUAUCCUCGCCAAAGGGCUCAUCCGACCAUCCACUUCACCAUACGGUGCCCCAGUGCCCUUCACACGGAAACCGGACGGAAGCUUGCGCAUGUGCAUCGAUUACCGAGCUCUUAACAAGCAGACCAUCAAGAAUAAAUAUCUGAUACCACGAAUCGAUGUCCUGCUUGACCAGCUUCGGGGAGCUACGAUAUUUUCCAAAUUGGAUCUGCGGUCCGGAUACUGGCAGAUACGGAUGGCAGACAACUCUAUCCACAAAACUGCUUUCCGAAGUCGGUAUGGAUCGUACGAGUAUUGGGUAAUGCCAUUCGGACUCACCAACGCACCGGCAACAUUCCAAGCCGAAAUGAACCACAUUCUACGACCACUUUUGGACGAGUGCGAGGUGGUGUACCUGGACGACAUCCUCAUCUACUCGCGCGACAUGAAGCAGCACGUCGAGCACCUGCGACGCGUCUUCGAAAUUCUUCGACGAGAACGAUUCUACGUCAAACUGUCCAAGAGCGAAUUCGCCCUUGAGAAGGUCCAGUUCCUAGGACACAUGGUGAGCGUUCAAGGAGUUCACGUCGACCCAAAGAAAAUCGAAGCCAUACGUACGUGGAAGACACUCGAGAAUGUGAAGGAGUUGCAGCAGUUCCUAGGCUUCGCUAAUUACUACAAGAGGUUCGUGCCACAGUAUGCAAAACUCGCAGCACCACCCACGAAUCUGCUGAAGAAGAACACGCCCUACAAAUGGGAGUCGAAGCACCAGGAAGCGCGACACCUGCUACAGUGGGACAGUGACAUCGCGUACCAGAAAGGAUCAACAAAAAUCUGGGUACCCAAUUACCCUCCUUUGCGCCAGUUACUACUCGAAGAAUACCACGACGUCCUCUACGCCGGACACUUCGGUAGCAACAAGACGCUGACCGGUAUUGCAAAACACUAUUACUGGCCCCACUUGGCAGAGGAUGUUCAUAAAUUUGUCACCUCGUGUGAUACAUGUCAGAGGAUGAAGAGCAGCAAACAGAGGAAAGCGGGACUGCUGCAGCCUCUUCCUGUCCCAGAACAGCCAUGGCAUGUGGUUAGCCUGGACUUCAUCACCGGGUUACCACCUACCACCAGCGGUCAUGACGCAAUCCUCGUCGUCAUCGACAAGUUCUCCAAAAUGGGACACUUCAUCCCGACACACACGACAGCACUCACCAAGGAGACAGUACAACUCUUCGUUCGUUACAUCAUCUCACAGCAUGGCAUUCAAACCACACGCAUCUCCGACCGAGACCCCAAGUUCACCAGCAAGUUUUGGAAAGGACUCAUGUCUCUACUCGGGACCAAAAUCGCCAUGUCAUUCGCCUGCCGUCCGCAGACAGACGGACAGACCGAGCGCCUCAACCAGAUUGUCGAGCAACUCCUCCGAGCAGCCUGCAAGGACGAGAUCUCUAAAUGGGACUUGCACCUGCCCGUUCUAGAGUUUGCUUACAACAACGCUACAAAUGCCGCUACUGGACAGACGCCGUUCUUCCUCUGCUACGGACGCCACCCACUCACACCACAGAAAGCGACAGCAUCAGCUACAGUCCAACCUGCACACGAUUUCAUCACAACCAUGCCUCAGCUUUGGGAUCGGACCCACAAGCGCCUCCUUGAAAUUCAACAGCAACAGAAGCGCCAGGCCGGUCGCCAUCGCAACGACCACACCAUCACCAUGGGAGACCAGGUGCUCCUCGACACCCGCAACCCUAACAUUAGCCAUCUCCCAUCUAAACUUCGACCUCACUUCUGCGGGCCUUUCCUCGUUGAAGCACAACGCCGGUCUCGGUUUGCAGUCCUGAAGUGUGCAUUCCAGAGUUGCCGGGUUGAGUGUCUUGGGCACUGGGUGAGCCCGUAGAGGUUUUCUUGUCCUUGCUGUCCAUGACUUGUAAUCAAUGAAGUCGUUGGUGUGCUGAUUGUAGAUAGAGCGUAGUUGCUGGGAGUUUGGUCUCUGACCAGCUCUGAUACCAUGUUGGAUUGAAAAAAUGCCCUUAGGAUAU